UCAAAAAAACAAUUAACUUUUUUGUUUGAGAUUAAGUGCACUUGUUUUUAUUUACAUUCUAUGUGCUCUCCUUUUUUAUUCUAAAAUCUACGUAAAUAUGAUGAAAUUUGGAGAAAAAUUCGCUAAAGCCUGGCCCGAAGAAAACUACUGUACCAUGUUAACAGACAUUGGCAAAAAACUGCUUGUCGAUUGUUCAAAAAUUGAAAAACCAAACUUCGGAGACAAGACUCUGACCGACAUUGUUAAUGCAUCAUCCAGAUUUCCCAUUGAUUUUGGUACAAAUAAUUGCAGAAUCCAAAAUCAACCAGAAGAACGCAGUCCUUUGAUUAUUGAUCAAUUGAAAUCUGCCUACCCAAUAAUUCAUGAAAGAGUCUUAUAUCUUUAUUUGAAGUUCUUGGAACACAAAUGCCAAUACGGUAACAAAUGUGAAAAAGAAAUAUACACAAAUCUUUCUAUAACUGACUUUGUACAACGACUAUUAACAAAACGAUGCGUUUCAUUCUUUGGAAAGAACGAUAAGUACCUUCUUAUAACAGGAGAAAAGGGUUGCAGUGGUUUUAUGACGGUAGGAACGGAAGCAGAGACACCUCCAUUACUUUUGAAAAAUGUUUUGAGCUAUGAUGAAGUAAAGCUCUCUGCAUUUCUUUCUGUUUCAUCACAUUCGGAAUUUCUUAAUGAUGGAAACCGCAAUAAUGUUGGUGUGAUAGAAAAAGACAAAUCCAAAAUUGAACGUGCAGGUGUUGUUAUAGGCUUGAUUGGUGCUCGACUAUCCCGUCGCGAUGUAAUGGAGUUCCAAGACAUUGUUAUUUCGAAAACUCAAAACACGAUUGAAAAUGGUUAUGGACAAAAUACUAAAAAGAACGAAACUAGACAAUCCGACUAUCGUCAUAUGUGGAAAAGUUUUUACGAUGAGCCAGAUUUUUCGUUUGAUCAAGUAGUGAAAGAUGGUAAACGAUUUGGUAAUUCAAAGAACAUGAACGACAUUUUUGAUAAUUUAAUCAUGAAAAAACGCUAUGCCAUCUCAUUUGAUACACUUCUUUUGGAGAGUGAAGCGCGAUGUGCAGCUGCUGAACAGCGUGCAUAUAUACAUGUUGUUGGUAUUGGAUUGGGUGUAUGGAAAACAGCACCGCAACAAGAAGAAAUAUUUUUACUAACUUUUACUGAAAGACUAAAAGAACUGCUGCCCAAACUUAAUCAUAUAUCAUUUGUGCAUUUUUCAUGGUUUAGUAUGACUAAGUGUGGGGAGUUAGAACAUGGCGGAAUCUUUAAAAGUGAUCCACAUCCUGAUGGAGGGAUACGAACGUUUUUGUCAAAAAGAAAUCCUGCAGACAAAUUGUUUUUCAAUACAACCCAGCGUCAACCAGAACACGAAAAUGUCCUUCUUAUCGUAUCUUAUGCGUGGGAUGGAAACGCUUUACCUGGAAACGAAUUUUGGAUGAAAAUGCUUAAAUCGACUGGAGAUUCUUCAACUGCUUGCAGCACUCUUAUCACUGAAAUACACAAUCCACACAUCAAUUCUCAAAUGGUUUGCGGAGAAAAUUUGCAUUUAGCUUCAGCUAAAUACGGAGUUAUCCAUAUAUCAGAGUACAGCAAAAACAUUUUAAAUUUGUAAUUUUUGGUUUAAUAAUUUUAAUAUACUGUUGGAUUAAAAUUAAA